AUGGCUCUUCUGAGAUUAUUACACUCUAGGAGGAGGCUAGCCAGUUAGGUAGCAUGCUAAUCGCAGCGCCUAAGCUAACCAAUUCGGAAUUAGCUACCAAGAAGCAGCUCUCGGGAACUGUAUGGCUAGCUGGGAAGCUAGGUAUCCUUGGGUUGAUAGCCUCUGACGUGCUGUUUUUUUUGGCAGUAUCCGUUAGUGUCUCCUGUCUCUCCUGGUGCUCUCUCAAUGACUACUGCCUGAGGACGACCCAGAAGUCCCCCUGUCUCAUCCAGGUUCCAGACCAGAGAGAAAGCAGGGAAGCGGCCAUGGCGGCCAAAGUGGGGGACAACCCAGACAGCCUGAUGGCUCUGUGCACAGCUUUCUGCUUGCGCAACCUGAGGCGGACGAUGUGCUACCUGGGGGACAGGAACAAGCUCACCCUGCGUCCAGACGUGUUUCUUCCAAGUGAAAUCUGCGACAAGCUGGUUAACGCGUAUGUAGAGCUGGUACACACAGACAGCAAUUUUGAGCCGCAGGACGGCUUCUUCCAGCUCUUCUCAGACCCACGCAGCACCAGGCUGACCCGAGUGCAGCUGAGAGAGGACCUGGUGCGAGACAGAGACCUCGAGGCCAUUGGGAAACAGGAUCUUAUCGAGCUGCACCUGACUUACUGCAAUGGUCUGUCUGCGCGCAGCCUGCGUGCACUGACCAGCUUCCGGCAUACCCUGGUGUCCCUCAGCCUCUUCGGCUGCACGAACAUCUUCUACAGGAAGGGCGGCGCUCCGCUGGCCUGCGCCGAGGAAGACGACGACGACGAAGAGGAUGAAAGACCAGCCAGAUUUGCACUGGACAACAAUUUCAGCUUUCAGGGCUUUAACCGGCUGCGGCUGCUGAACCUGGGCGGGCUGCCGGAGGAGGUGGACGCAGAGGCGCUGCUCAAGCCCCUGCCGGCCCUCACCUCCCUGGACCUGUCCAGCAUGCCCCUCCCUCGCGCCACUUUCCUCGCCCAGUGGAAGGACCGUCUGGCCUCGCUGGUGCUCUACAACGUCGAUCUCUCGGAGGAGCUCAUCAGCACAGUGGUGCAGAUGAGCCAGCUACGGCACCUGGACAUCUCUCGUGAAAACCAGCGCUCCUCUAAGUUCAAGAUGACCAGGAAGAUCCUGACCACCGUGGUGCAGAGCCUGGGCAACCUGGUCUCUCUGGACAUCUCAGGCCACAUCAUGCUGGACAACUGCACAGUCCCACACUUCGAGGAGGCCAUGGGGCCACCAAGUAUCGAACCCAGCAAGAGCAGCAUCAUCCCCUUCCAGGAGCUGAAGAGGCCACUGCAGUUUCUUGGACUGUACAACACCACCCUCUGCAACGUCAUGCACAUCCCAGCCUACAAGGUGACUGGCUCCAAAAACGAGGACCAGGUUCUGAACGCUAUCGAGGCCUACACAGAGCACCGGCCCGAACUGGCCCACCGGGCCAUCAACCAGCUGUUCGACAUCGCCAGGAUACAGCACUGCAGCCAGCUGCUGCGAGCUCUGCAGCUGGUCAUUGCUGCCCUCAAGUGUCAUAAGUAUGACAAGAGUGUUCAGGUGACGGGCAGCGCGGCGCUCUUCUACCUGACCAACACAGAGUACCGCUGCGACCAGAGCGUCCAGCUGCGUCGACAGGUCAUCCAGGUGGUGCUCAACGGAAUGGAGCAGUACCAGGAGGUCACGGUCCAGAGGAACUGCUGCCUAACGCUGUGCAACUUCAGCAUCCCGGAGGAGCUGGAGUUCCAGUACCAUCGGGUCAACAUGCUGCUGCUGAAGAUCCUGGAGCCGGCCCGGCAGGACGAGUCCAUCCAGCGCAUCGCCGUGCAUCUCUGCAACGCCCUCGUCUGCCAGGUGGACAACGACCACAAGGAAGCUGUGGGCAAGAUGGGCUUUGUCAAAACAAUGCUGAACUUGAUCCAGAAAAAGCUACAGGAUAGAAUGUGUGACCAGGUCAUGGAGUUCUCCUGGAGCGCCCUAUGGAACAUCACCGACGAGACGCCCGACAACUGCCAGAUGUUCCUCAACUGCAGAGGAAUGAGUCUGUUCCUCGAGUGUCUAGAGGAGUUUCCAGACAAGCAGGAACUGCACAGAAACAUGCUGGGGCUGCUGGGUAAUGUGGCCGAGGUGAGGGCUCUGAGGCCACAGCUCCUCACCUCAGAGUUUGUCAAAGUGUUCACUGACCUGCUGGACAGUAAGGCAGAUGGCAUUGAGGUGUCCUACAACGCGUGCGGGGUGCUUUCCCACAUCAUGUUCGACGGGCCGGACGCGUGGCCCAUGGAGGAGCCGGGGAGGGACUCUGUGAUGCAGAAGAUGUGGGACGCCAUCCAGAGCUGGGACGUCAGCUCGCGGCGCAACAUCAACUACAGGUCUUUUGAGCCCAUCCUCCGUCUCCUGCCCCAAAGCAUCGCUCCUGUUAGCCAGCACUGGGCCACAUGGGCGCUCUACAACUUAGUGUCUGUCUACCCAAAUAAAUACUGUCCAUUAUUGGUCAAAGAGGGUGGGAUUGCACUCUUGGAUAAAGUCUUGGAGAUGGAAAGCCACCCAGACACAAAGAACAUGGCAAGGAAAGUGAUGGAGCAGUGUGCAAACUUUAAAGAGGACCCCAUGGACACAAGCAGGUAAAUGGCAAGAGGGCAGGAGGUCAGCUGAGCUGGACGGGCCUCUGGCCGAAGAGAUCACAGAUCACAGACCAUCACGGGAUCAUGUCCACUUCCCUUCGCACCAGAGUUCUUUAUGAGCAUCGAUUCACUGUAGAGCAAAGCAAACUUAAAAAUGUUGCCUCGAGGUCAACAACCUUUUUUUUUUUCCUGGGACCUGACACUGGUCAAUCAACACUAGGGAAGUCAAGACCUGGUACUACACACAGAUGUGUGUUGAUUUGUUUGGGGUUUGGUUUUUUUUUUUUCCCUCUGUUGUUGUUGCACAUGGUAAGCAGUAUUUUUACCAUUCAUAUUAGCGGUGUGUUUUACUUUUCAUUUGUUUGAUUUGCCUUUUAUUUGUUUAAGUGUGUGUGUGUGUGUGUGUGUGUGUGUGUGUGUGUGUGUGUGUGUGUGUGUGUGUGUGUGUGUGUGUGGACAUGCACAUGUGUGCAAAUACCACAAUGUAUGGAAUCUCUCUUAGGAACAACACAUUGGGUGAUUCUCAUUUUUUCUUAUAUGUUAUAAAAGAGAGAAAGGAAAUACAUUGGCAAAGAAUAGGCUAUAUUGGCCUUGGGGAUUCUCUUACUCCCAUUUACCUUAUAAGCUUAAAGUUGUGCACAGUACACGUUGUACAGGCACAGUCACCUGAGCAUAACCCUGUGCGAAUAUUACCGCCAGUCCUCCUGGAAGACAGGACAUGAGACAACUGAUCCACGACCUUGGGAUGCUAGUUAUGCACACAGAGGUCAUACCUGGAGGGACUUGUGUCAUGAGUGCUGCUCUCCAGGCAUGGUCACAAUAUGAUCAGAAACGAGGGUGACUUUUCAUUGUACAUAUUUGGAGGUAAAGCUUUCUCAUGUUUUUUUUUUUUUUCUGUUUGUUUGUUUUGUAUGUAUGUUUUUAUGACAUAAUUAUAAACAUUUAUGUGAUGCUUUCCCCUCCGAUGUGGUUUAUGUUUCCGGUUUUCCUCUAAAGGAAGGCAUUUGUUCACCAAGUACAGGAGUGGGCAGAGAAGAGGAAAAUAGGGAGUCUGCUACUAUGACAGCACAAAGACAACUUUAACGACCCCAAGCUGUUUUAUAUUAUUUAUUGUUUUUCUUUUCUUUUAGGAAACAUAGCAGCAUUUUAAGUGUUCCAUAUCCAUGUCAACAAUCAUUCACAUGCCUGUAUUUGAAAUUGGACAUUGCAUUUGUUUUGGGCUAAUCUUUCAUUUUUAUUAUUAGUUAACAUCCUAAAUUAUCCACUCUAUUAACUAUAGAUGACCUAAAAUAUGUUGAAUAUGAUGAAUACCCUGUCUUUUUUUCAUUCACUGCUGUGUUUUUUUUUAACAUAUAUAUAUAUCUUUGGCAAGGAGACUUCUCCAGAUCUUGCCUCUCACUUGACAAGACUGUUUCCCCCUUGUUGAACUACCAUGAAUGACCAUAUGAAAGUUUUCAUUUGAUAAGUGUAGGCAAGUUGCAAUAUAUAUAUAUAUAUAUAUUUUACUUCAUAAUAAACAAUGAAUCUUAUGAUUAUUCUGUAAAAUUUUAGUCUAAUUUGGCCUCUGUGAUUGUUUUUCACUUUGAAAGUCUGCAAUAAACCUGUGAGACACUUGACCGUCCAAGCAUUAUGCAAUCACUUACCAAGUGGGCAUACAGCAAGGACCAUUUAGACUGUUUGUUUAAUUAUUAUUUCUGAUCAUGUCCCUUCUAUAAGUCUUACAGACGACAGAGGACUGUAGUUUGAGACAGACUUGCAAAGAGCAGAACAAGUGAUGGGUGUGGGUUUAUUGAUUUCUUUCGGCAGUGUGGACAUUCAGUGUGACGGAAUACUAAAAUGCACCUAAAUGAAAGUCUUUUAAAAAUGGCUAAUGCCUCAUGAUUUCCUCCAAUGUCCUUUGUGCACAUAUGUUUGAAGAAAUAUCCAUUUUAUAUAUAUAUUUUCCACAAAACACUGGUCACUGGUGGCAAAAAAAAUGAUGUGGCAUAUUUUGCAGUUCACUGCAAGUGUACUGUUCAUUUAGGACAUUCAAAACAAGACUCAAGCUUUUAUCAGAUAGCAUUCAAACAUCAUUCAUUUAUGUCCCCUUCGUGUAGGGAUAAUGGGGAAACUGCACUUGUACUUCAUUCUGUUUAAUUUUAUAUAGGGUGACAAAUGAUCACAUUGUACCAAAGGACAGAACAGUGGGUAUUAUGUUUCAUUAACAGCCUUUUGGCCAGUAAUACAUUCAACCUUGUGACUUAGUAUGGAGAAAUAAAUGUUGAUAUACAUUGAGGGGGCAACUUGUGAUAUGUGUUAAACAAUUUAAUGUCAAAGGUAUGAACCAUGAAGAUCAAAUAGGCUAACAGUUCCAGUUUUUUUCACUCAUAUAGGACUUGGAGGGUAAAGCUAAAAUAAAGUUCUGGAAUAAA